AUGUCGAGCGCUCGCUGCUUAAACUGGUCCCGACCGCCGCCGGGAAGGCAUCCAGCAGCGCUCCGGAAGCAGCUGUCCUGCGUCGAACCAUCGUCACCCUCACCCCUGCCCGGCGGUGGACGCUCCCAAUCGGUAACUAGUAGCACGCCGUCGCCUGCCCGGGCCGACACCGACUUCUGUCACUUUCUCGUCACCGGUGCGAUCAUUCACUCGAACCGUUUGCAAACCUAUCACACCUACAAUCAGGCCCACCGUGGUGCGAGUGCCUCCCUGCUACGAUCGCGCCCUUCACUGCCCAGCGGCGAAGACGGUGUAGACGGUGGUCAGCAGCGCCGUCGUCCGUCCAGUGCUAGUGCUGGUGGUCUGCUGACGACUCCGGGAGACGAACGAACCACCGUUAGGCCGGGCCGGAGAGCGAUCUUGUGCAAGCAGCUGUCCCUCGAUCGAAGCAUCCUGGUAGCGUCCUCCAUCGCGUCCGGAAUGGCGACGGUUGCAUCCGGCGGUGGAGGUACCUUGGCGCUGGGGGCUGAUCGGGACGAGGUGAGUGGUGACGGGUGGGCCUUCAAUCGGAAGCAACAGCAGCAACGAUCCGGAGCAGGACCCAGGAAUGACUCGGAUGGAAACGCUAAAAAAGGCCUGAAGUCUAACAAAGAUUCACGAAUCAAUAUUAAAAUCUUCCUCGGUCAAACCGUGCAGCAAGAUUCUUCCGACACUGGCAUAAGCGAUACAGAGGGAGCAACUCCAACGACAGCACUACAGCAAGGAAACAACACUAGCCGGCCGAUCGUUUCCUACUCCAAGCAGGACGCUCCACCCAUCACGAACAUGUCCUCUGACACUGGAACUGCCGGUGGAAAAAGCAAACCCACCAACGGAACUAUCAGCAACGGCACAGCGAAUCCUUCCCAAGCUGGUGCGGGGACCUCGAAUCCAAUAACAAACGCCGGCAACGGUUCCAGCGCUAGUGGAAGAACCUCUUCACUGGCCCAGCGCAGGGCUCAGUUUCAAGCGAACCGACAAAACUCAGAAGCGCACGAUCGACGCCAUCCGCCACUGGUGCGGGCUAUGUCCGCACCGAUCCGUCCAGCUGAUACUGAAGCGUCGAAGCUACUACAAGGCAAGAAGAAGCCACGGCGUAGGAAAGUGUUAAGGGAGAAAGAUGAGUAUAACAUCUGCGAAGAAGAUGAGUUUAGCGAUGAUGGAUGCAACAAAAUGGGCCCACCGGGAAUGGGUGGAAUGCAACCCGGGUCGGGAUCGAACGGUCGGCCAGUACCUGCCUGCAUUUUGCCGAUGCGUUCCCGCUCCGUACUAGGCGGUCCUUGCGAUAUAGAGACACUUGUUUCGCUGCUCAGCUCUGGUGGCAGUGACUCGGAAAAGGAGCAAGAUUCGCCGCAAGCACCUCCGGGCAACGUUGGGCAACAGUCGCCAACAGCUACCGUAACACCGCCGGCCACCUUUCACAGGACACCAUUUUCCUCAGCCCAUCUCGCAAAGGGACGCGCACCGAUGCUCAAGAAAGCCGGCAAAUCAGUGUCGUUUCAGGAGAGCGACCUCAAACCGGUCGCGACAGCCGGUCUCAAUCGGGACUACCGGAAGCCAACGUUUCAACCGACGGUGGCAAGCAGAAUUCGUCGUACGCAACAGCUAGUUAGCACGCUAAAUGCCUUCCAACUGAGCAAGGACAAGGACCGAAGUGAGGAUACAGAUACGGACGAUAAGCAGAGCGAACCAUCGGACAGUCUCGAAAGGGAUCAUCACAACGACAACGGCACAUUCACUGAGCCGCCAACGAUACCGUCCACCAAUGUCGGUAGCGUUAAGGGAAACGCCAGCAAGACAUCCGGCAGCGGUGCGGUUAACGUUUCCACCAACGGUGACCUACAAACGCCCAAAGAGCAGGAAUGCUACCGACUGUUUCUCAAGAUGUCCAAGAAGGGUUUGGCCGUCUCAUACGAUACCAUCCUACGUGGAAUGCUCACUCCUACCGAGUUGCGCGUACUGCAGAAGAAGAAAAGCCGCCAGUGCAUUGAGAAUGGCACCGAGAACGGAACCGGUGGUGAAAGUUCGCCGGAAAAUGGGACCACGUUUGAGGAGUUUCAGUACCAACACAGGAGCGAGGAUGUACAGCUUACCAUACCGGAGGAACCACCCGCAGCGCCGAACGAGCACGGCACUGUUGAACAGGACUGUCAAAUUGUCGCCGAAAGUGCAUACUGA